ACACUCUUAUCUGCCCUCUCAAUUAUUGAGGUUGCAGGAUAAACAGUUUGGGAAGGAAAAGCUUCCAUCAGUUGUUAUCUCAGGCCUGGUAAGCUUAGCUAUCUUACCUUGCCUGUUAGUUUAUGCAGUUGGCACUCAGAUAACGGAGCAGGAUCAUGUUUUCUUGAUGUACAUGUAACAUAAUUUGUGCUGGACUCCUGUACAUGAAUUUUCAAUGUGUUCUUGCUGUACGUGAAUGUUCAAUGUGUACUUGUUAUACACACACAUGUACACUGUACAUGGAUGGGAUUUGUUCAUCAUACAUGUAGAUCUUUCUGUACCUAACAGAAAAUGAGCUAAAGUUAUUACUGGAUAUCCGGAGGGCAAAACAGCAGCUCCUCAAAGAAAUCAAGGAACUGGAGGAAGAGAUCGCCAAUGUCAAUGCAGACUUGGAGAGUAUGGACUAUGACAAAGGAACGGAUGCAAAGACCAGACAGAUGAACACUGGUAGAACCAGGUUCAAUAUGGAUCCUAAAAAGGGCAUAGCUUAUUUGAUCGAGCACAACCUUCUGAAGGAGACGCAAGAGGAGGUCGCGCAGUUCCUCUACAAGGGAGAAGGUCUGAACAAAACGGCAAUAGGAGACUACUUGGGAGAAAGGAAAGACUUCAAUAUAGCAGUGUUGGAAUCAUUCGUAGCUCUCCAUGAGUUCAAAGACAUGAUCCUGGUACAGGCUCUAAGGCAAUUCCUGUGGAGUUUCCGCCUGCCUGGAGAGGCGCAGAAGAUAGAUCGUAUGAUGGAAUGCUUCGCUAAGCGCUACUGUGAGACCAACCCAGGUGUCUUUGAAUCAACAGAUACAUGUUAUGUGUUAUCGUUUGCCAUCAUCAUGCUGAACACCAGUCUGCACAACCCCAACGUGAAGGAUAAACCCACGCUAGAGAGGUUCUUCCACAUGAACAGAGGUAUCAACGAGGGAGGCGAUCUACCAGAAGACCUUCUAAAGAGCUUAUAUGAGAGCAUCAAAAACGAACCGUUCAAGAUCCCAGAGGAUGAUGGGAAUGAUUUGACGCACACCUUCUUCAACCCUGACAAAGAGGGCUGGUUGAUGAAGCAAGGAGGUGGAAGGUAUAAGAACUGGAAGAGGAGAUGGUUCAUCCUGACGGACAACUGCCUGUAUUACUUUGAAUUCACCACAGAUCGUGAACCGAAGGGCAUCAUUCCACUCGAGAACCUUCAAGUACAGGAAGUAGAAGAUAACAGAAAAGCACAAUGUUUUGAGCUGGUGACGACAAACAAGAGCGUGAUCAAGGCCGCUAAGACGCAUGGUGAUGGUCGGGUGGUAGAGGGCAGACAUACAUCGUAUCGCAUGUCAGCAACGACCGACGAUGAGAGGAAAGAAUGGAUACACGCACUGCAAGCCAGUAUCAGUCGAGAUCCUUUCUACGAGAUGCUUGAAGCCCGCAAGAAGAAGGCGUCCCACAAAGCAGAAACAUGAGUGACCAGCGGUGACCAGAGGUGACUGGAGGUGAUCAGCGGUGAUCAGCCAGGACAGGAACCGUGCAAACAGAACUCAUAGGAGAGACUCUCAAGAUAGAGAGUUCUGGGCCCCAUUUCACGAACCUUGUCAUCAGUGACAAAUGACAGUUUUUGUUAGAAGCUACUGAAAUCAUUGCUUCUGAUUGGUUAUCAGCAGAUUUGUCUCUGAUUCUUGUCAUUUGUCGUUGAAAAAAGGCUUUGUGAAACGGGGCCCUGUUCUUCUCCCUUCUCCCCAAUAAGUGAAAAUGUAUAGAUGAAUAACAAGCCUGCAAGCUGCUGUGUUAUCAAUGCUGGAACGGAAAGGGUGCCUGCAGAAGUUUAAUUUUUGAAAGCAUCCUACUCUUUUUUCUAUCUUGUCAAUACAGCCAAAUUCUGUAAAGAAAAAAAAUGAAUACUAAGCUUCUGUGCCAUACAGUCGUGUUCCUCUGAAAAUAAAAGACUCAAUCAAAUUAAUUGUGUCUGCAGAACUUAGGAAGUCUUAUUUGUGAAAUUAUUCUAUUCUUCUCCCAGCCUGGUCAAUACAACAAAUUCUGAGACAAAAUAACUGAAAACUAAGCUUUCUGUGCCAUCCAGUCUUGUUCUUUAAAAAAAAAAGAAGAACACUCACAAAAAACAA